AUGUCCGGCGGCUUCGAAAACUGGGAGGCCUACCUCUACGACCCCUCCAUGGCGGCGGCGGUCAUCUUCAUCGUUCUGUACGGAGGAGUCACUGGCCUGCAUACCUACCAUCUGUUCCGGACAAGGACGUGGUUCUUCAUUCCAAUGGUGAUCGGAGGAUACUUCGAGUUGAUAGGAUACAUUGGCCGCGCGAUAUCGGCAUCCGAGACCCCCGACUGGACGCUUGGUCCGUACAUCAUGCAGAGUGUGCUCUUGUUAGUUGCGCCGGCCCUCUUCGCUGCGAGCAUCUACAUGUAUCUGGGCCGGAUCAUUGUCCUCGUGCGUGGGGAAAAGUUUUCGAUCAUCCGCGUAGGAUGGAUGACCAAGAUCUUUGUUGCGGGCGACGUUCUCAGUUUCUUGAUGCAGGCAUCUGGAGCUGGUAUCCUCGUGACUGACUCGCAAGACAUGGGCGAGAAUAUUAUCGUAGGAGGCCUUUUUGUACAGAUUGCAUUUUUCGGCUUUUUCGUCAUCUGCACGUUCAUCUUCCAGAGACGUAUUUCUGGCAACGCUACAGCGCUGGGGAAUGCCAGUACGACACCGUGGUUGAAGCACCUGUGGGCGCUGUACGGCUCCAGCAUCCUGAUUCUGAUCCGAUCCAUUUUCCGUGUGGUUGAAUAUCUGCAAGGUUGGGACGGCUAUCUUCUGCGAAACGAAGCCUUUAUUUAUGUGUUUGACGCGCUUCUGAUGUGGCUGGUGCUGGUGAUUUUCGUAGUCAUCCACCCGAGCGAGGUGAACUGUCUUUUGGGUCGCGGGCGUGUCAUGACAACGAAGGGAGGGUUGAGCAUCAGCGAGGUUGCUGUUUAG